AGAGAAGAGAUGAGCCUGUCGCUGCCGCGGAGCCAUCGCCGCACCACCGCCUCCCGAUCCGCCGACCCCCCGCCCGCAGCCACAGGCCACCGGAUAACGCGCGGCGCAACCCUCCUCCAAGCACGCGCGGCAACUCCCCGCCCUUCCCAUCAAAGAAUUACUUCCCACCCGAAUCCCCCCCGCGGCCCCGCCUCCGCGCGCCAGUCACCACCAACCCACCAGUAGCACAGUAGCAGCUCACUCUCGCCUCGCCUCGCCUUGCCUCGCCUCCGCGGCAGGAGGAGCCAUGCAACCCGACGCCAACGCCCCCUCGCGCCGCCUCGCCCGCGUCGCCGCGCACCUCAACCCGCAGAUGGAGGAGGGCGCGCCGGCACUGAGGCCCGCGGCGUGCCGCGCCAAGGGCGGCGCGCCGGGGUUCAAGGUCGCGAUCCUGGGCGCGGCGGGCGGGAUCGGCCAGCCGCUGUCGAUGCUCAUGAAGAUGAACCCGCUCGUGUCCGUGCUGCACCUCUACGAUGUCGUCAACACGCCCGGGGUCACCGCCGAUAUCAGCCACAUGGACACCGGCGCCGUGGUUCGGGGCUUCCUUGGGGCACAACAGCUUGAUGCAGCACUUACAGGAAUGGACCUUGUUAUCAUACCCGCUGGCCUCCCUAGGAAACCAGGAAUGACAAGGGAUGAUUUAUUCAACAAGAAUGCUGGGAUUGUUCGCACACUUUGUGAAGGAGUUGCCAGAUUCUGUCCUGAUGCGAUUGUGAAUUUGAUCAGCAACCCAGUGAACUCAACUGUACCCAUUGCUGCUGAGGUUUUCAAGAAAUCUGGAACAUAUAAUCCCAAGCGUCUCCUUGGAGUCACAACACUUGAUGUUGUGAGGGCUAACACCUUUGUGGCUGAAGUGCUUGGGGUUAAUCCAAGAGAUGUCAGUGUUCCUGUUGUUGGCGGGCAUGCAGGGGUAACCAUAUUACCCCUCCUCUCCCAGGUCACUCCUCCAAGCUCAUUCACUCAGGAAGAAAUCAAAUAUUUGACGAACCGCAUACAGAAUGGUGGCACAGAAGUUGUGGAGGCAAAGGCUGGAGCGGGCUCUGCAACUCUGUCAAUGGCUUUUGCUGCUGCCAAAUUUGGUGAUGCAUGCUUGCGAGCAAUGCGCGGUGAUGCUGGCAUCGUGGAAUGCGCAUAUGUUGCGUCUGAGGUGACCGAGCUACCGUUCUUUGCGACAAAAGUGAGGCUGGGCCGUGCUGGAGCUGAGGAGAUCCUCCCUCUUGGACCUCUCAACGAAUUUGAAAGAGUUGGUCUGGAAGCGGCAAAGAAGGAACUGAGCGAGAGCAUUCAGAAGGGCAUCGCUUUCGUGAACAAGUGAAGUGAUACGAGGGGAGGGAUCGUCCCCGAGAUCCCCGACCGUACAUAGAUGUAAGAGCGUUGUGGUAUAGUGCUCCUAUACCUGUAAAUAUCACUUUUGUAAGACAAUAGUAAAAAUAAGCUAAUUACCCUUUAGCAACCGUAACAUUUCCCUUGGCACGGAAUAAAUCUUUCGUCACAACA